ACCCAGGGGGCGCCUUUCAGCUGAAAAACACCUCGGCUGCAGCAAGCUAGCUGGGAAGCUCCCAGUUCUAAAGAGAGGCUGUUUACCAGAAGAGCAUAACAAGAGCCGGUCUGACUGCAAGGCUGGGAAGUAAGAGACAAAACUGCUGCCAAGGAGACCCCAUUUGGACACUGGCUGUUCAGUCACCUGCAAGCUGGAAGAGGCGAGGAUGCUGUUGGCUUGGGUGCACACAUUUCUUCUCAGCAACAUGCUUCUGGCAGAAGCCUAUGGAUCUGGAGGCUGCUUCUGGGACAACGGCCACCUGUACCGGGAGGACCAGCCCUCGCCCGCGCCGGGUCUCCGCUGCCUCAACUGGUUGGCCGCGCAAGGCAGCCGCGAGUCGCUCGCCGAGCCCAGCCCCGGCAACCACAACUUCUGCCGGAACCCGGACCAGGACCCGCGCGGGCCCUGGUGCUACAUCAGCAGCGAGACUGGCGUCCCUGAAAAGCGGCCCUGCGAGGACGUGCGUUGCCCAGAGACCACUUCCCAAGCACCACCGCUGUCCUCUACGACGGAGCUGGAAGAGAAGGCUGGUGCACCCGGUGACAGAGAGGCACAGGUGUUCCCUCCUGCUAACGCCCUGCCAGCCAGGAGUGAGGCGGCAGCGGUGCAGCCAGUGAUCGGGAUCAGUCAGCGUGUGAGGAUGAACUCCAAGGAAAAAAAGGACCUGGGAACUCUGGGCUAUGUGCUGGGCGUUACUAUGACCGUGAUCAUUAUCGCUAUUGGAGUUGGCAUCAUCUUGGGCUACACUUACAAGAGGGGGAAGGACUUGAAAGAGCAACAUGAGCAGAAAGCGUGUGAGCGGGAGAUGCAGCGAAUCACCCUGCCCCUGUCUGCCUUCACCAACCCCACCUGUGAGAUCGUGGACGAAAAGACCAUCAUCGUGCACAGCAACCAGACUCCUGCUGAUGUGCAGGAGGGCAGCACCCUCCUCACGGGCCAGGCCGGCACCCCUGGGGCCUGAGCCCUUGCAUGGAGACACUGGACCAGAACAGGCCACCCUCCUGCAGUUGGGAGGAGUUGCAGUUGGCUACAUUUUGUGUUGUGGUUAAAACCUUAUCCCAUUUUUCUUUCGGGGGGGAUGUGACUCCUCAUGACACAAGCAGCAACAGAUAGCAUUAUGGGUGAGAGCGAGGAGGCUGGGUAGGGCCCUAUCAAUGCUCCUUUUCUAUCCCUUAGAGCAGGAUUUGCCUGUGGAGAGAGACUGGCACAGUAGCCACAGUGGUGCUGUGGCAAAUAAGGGCUUCCACAUUGCCUGGGUCAGGGAAAGACAGGGAGCUUGCUAAAGUUCCUCUGUGCUGUAUACUGAAA